ACAAGCAAAAGUGUUAGACAAGCAAAAGUGUUAGACAAGCAAAAGUGUUGGGCAAGUGAAAGUGUUAAGAAAGUAAAAAUAUCAGAAAAGCAAAAGUGUUGGAAAAGCAAAAGUGUUGGAAAAGCAAAAGUGUUGGAAAAGCAAAAAUGUUGA